CUUCUUAAAUUUUCUAUUUUCAAAUUUAUAAUCAUUUUUGUUUGAGUUUUCUGAAAAGCAAACCCACAGUAAGUUUCUUUUAUCAUAAGUGGCGGAAAUGGAAGAUAAAGAUAUAGAAAGCGGAAGCCAAGUGACUAUCAAUUCAAAGUUAAAUUCCUGGAUUCAGCGAAUCAGCCAAGAUUCAGAGGCGCCUUCGGACCUGCGAUCACGAUGCUGCUCGAUCAUUGAAUCCACCCCGAAAUGCAUUCCCGUGUCAUUUAUCCAGAAGGUAGCGCAGUAUGCCAGCCAGCGCAGGGAACGUGGUAAGACGCCGAAAACCACCACAGCCUACAACAACGAUUUUCUGGAAGGAGCGAAGUGGUAUUUUGCUGAGGGCGUGCAGCCUCCGAAGCGCGACUUUGCCAAUGAGACAGCAGUCGAGCGAAUACGGAAUGAUGCUGCGGCACGGGAAUAUGCCCGCAUGACCAAAACUAUCCAUCAAAAUGCCAAAGGAACUGGUAUAUCGGGAUUUGCUGCGGAUUUGCGUGUGGCCCAGACGGAGACGCUGGCGGUGGUGAAUUGUCUGAUAACUGUCAUUGGCUCUGGAGUCUUUGCCUACUUCGCCACGGGGUUAGCAGUGGGCGACCAUCUCAUUGCGCAAGUUUUAGUGGCCAUCCUUGUCAGCUGCGUAGUGGCAAUCGCCGAUAUUUACUUUUUGAUGAAAAAAUUGCAUAAAAGUGAGACGACAGACGAUACAGCCGCACGUAAUGUUUCUGCAAAAUUUGAUCUCAACAGGACAAGUUAUCCAGAAGGAAAGGUGAAAAGUGAAUGAAAAUUUUUGCGAUACCAGCCUAAAUAUACUUCGCUGUUUAUUAUGGACUUAGUGUUAGUUUUAUCAGUUUUGGCUUCGUGAUGGAAUUAAGUAAUUUUGCGGAGAAUUAUGGACUUCCCUUAAAGUUGACUGCUUGAUGUUGCUGUGUUUCGUAUCAUUCCUCGGCAUUUUAAAAAGUGCAGCUUAUCUGUUGUCUGUUGAUGUGGAUUGUUGUAACAAUUAACAAUUUCGUUGUAACAAUUCGUUAACAGUUAACUACUACAACAAUCUGCAAAAUAUGUUUAUUUAAUAAAUUCAUGCGAAGAGUACAAUACACGAAAUCGUGUCAGUUGCAACAAUAAACGUUCCUUGUGGAAAAUGCUUCGUAAUCUUGCAAGA